AUGGUUUGCCUCAAAGAUGGACUCAUCCUUAAGUCUCAGCUCAGUCACACUGUGAUCCUCCUUCUACUGACAAACUCUUGUAGAGGUCAGUCUCAGGAGGUUGGACCAUCUCAUCAGAUUGUAGCAUUUCUGGGUGAUGAUAUUAUCUUGCCAUGCAAGCCUGAACCUGCCGUGGACUCUGUUUCCAAUAGUCUGGAAUGGGGAAGACGUGACCUGGAUCCCAGAUUUGUCCAUGUCAGGUAUAAUGGUGGAGACAUUUUGGAUGGCCAAAACCCAUCCUACAAAGGAAGAACGUCAAUGCCCAUUGAGAAAUUGAAGCAUGGAGACCUUUCACUCACACUUUCUGAUGUGAAAUUCUCUGAUAAUGGAACAUAUCGAUGCUACAUUCCGUCAGAGGGCACACAAUCUACUGUUCAGCUUGUUGUUGGUUCUGUCUCCUCACCUGUAAUAGCAGAGAUAAACAUAAACACCAGCGCAGUGGUGUUACAGUGUGAGUCUAAAGGCUGGUAUCCAGAGCCUGAUGUUCUCUGGCUGGAUAGUGAGGGAAACCUCCUCUCUGCUGGACCUACAGAGACAGUCAGAGGUCCUGAUGGUCUCUAUACUGUCAGCAGCAGAGUGACUGUGGAGAAGAGACACAGCAACAGAAUCAUCUGUAGAGUCCAACAGAACAACAUCAACCAGACCAGAGAGACACACAUCGACAUUUCAGCUGACUGCCUCAUGAUACCAUCAAGUUUUGCUGCUCGUAUCAUCAUUGUCCUCACUGCUUGCCUCAUCUGGUCUCUUCCAUCUGUGUUUGUUGUGUGGAAAUGUUACAAAACUGAGACUGAGGAGCAACAAAAAGAUGAAACCGAACACCAGCUUUUGGUAGAAAACAAGAAGGAGGAGCUAAAAGCCAAACUGGAUGAAGAGUUCCAAAAGAAUAAAAAAGAGGAGACAGACUUGGAGCAGGUGGUUAACACAUUGACAGAAUAUAGGAAGGAACUGCAGAACCAGAAAGAUCAACUCAAACAUCAACACAGUGAGACAGAAAGAAAAUGUGUUGAAAUUGAGAAGAAGCUUCAGUCAGUGAAAGAAGAAACAGAAAGUGACAUAGUGGAGGGAUUCUUAAAACUGAAAGAAAUCAUAAUGGAGGUAAAAAAUAGUCUGCAUCAGAGAAAAGCAGAAAGUGAGAAACUAGCACAGAACUCAUCUGAGCUAAUGAACAAUACAAAUACUGUGUUUGACAAAGUGACAGACAGGAAGACGACAGUAGAGAACAACAUGAAGAAAAUCAGAGAACAGCAGCAGGAGAUAAGAAUUAGAGAACAGACAGCAAACUCGAUUAAUCAAGAUCAGAUGGAUCACAAUGACAACUGA